CUUUGACUUCACGAUUAUAAUCGCCCCUCUAAUCUGCCAGCUGGACGCAUCACCGGCUUAAUCAUUGUGUCUUCGUCAAUCCAACGCGUCUAUCGUUUCUUUCCAACGACUUCUCCCAUAUUCUUUAAUCGUCCGCCCCUUCAUCCAGCCAACCUCUCGUACCACCCUCAAUGGUCCUUGCGUAGGGUCCAAAACUUUGCCCUCAGCCCUCUCUCUCGGACUUUCACCGUCCGGGAUAUGCCCGCUUCCCAAAAGCAAAAUCAUCUUUCACAAUCCAAGGAUGAUUUAAGCCGCCCGCUGCGAUCCGCAUCUCCUGCAAUCAAGAGACCAGCCUCGGACAUGGGAGCUCAAGAGCGAGAGCAUUACAACAGCGACGUCGAGAUGGGCGAUAACGAAAUACCCCUCCCCACGUCGGCCAGCGCCCAAACAAGCCCAGACACAAAAGCGAAGCAGCAAGACACUGGUCAACGACAUCGAGAAAGGUCUUCUGCAGAAUCCUUGACCACCCAAGCCGACCCAAAGAUCCUCUAUCACCCUGCCUCCGACAAUAGCGCCAAUUCCGCUCCAGACUCACUCAUUCCCAGCCCUUCCAAUCAAUCAACCGCGGGAUCCUCCCUCAACAGUGACGUCUAUGCCCUUCCUCCUACACAUGCGUCCCCUCCAAGUCUCGAUUUCCAGGUCACCAAGAUUACACAGUUACUUCAGACUGAACCACAGGAGGGCGACAAGGGGUAUCUGGUCUCCCAGAAAUGGAUUUUCCGGGUCCAGGCAAGGAGUUCCUUUGCCACUGACUUGGUAAAUGUGCCCAAAUCGGCCACCGAUGGCGAAAUCGGCCCAGUUGAUAAUUCAGACCUUGCGAUGAUCAUUGACGAUUCUGGGAAACUCUUGGACGAGGCAGGACAUCCAUAUGUUGCCCUUCGACCGGGCUUGACCCUCAGCGAGGAUUACCAAAUUUUCUCUCAAGAAGCGUGGGACCUGGUCAUUUCCUGGUAUGGUUUGGCGAAAGAGUCACCCGUUUUGAUCCGGUACGCCCACGACUCUCAAGCAGAUGACGCCGAAUUGUCGAAUGUGCAAUAUGAAUUGUAUCCUCCUAUCUUCUCGUUUCUCAAGCUGCCCGCUGAACACACAUCUCAAACUCAGCGCGAAGCCAAUCUCCCGCCGCCUCGACUGGUUGCUAGCCGUAAGAAGCCUUUCAUGCAAUGGCUGAAGGAAGGCAAGCAGCUCGUGGGAAUAGACAUGAACACAAAGGUCAGAGUGUGGAGAAUCCUCGGGGGGCUUAAGAAGACCGGCACUUCCAGCCUCACACCUGUCGCUUCCCGGAGUGCCUCUCCCGCUCCAGGCGCUGAAAUUGUGGCUAGUGCCGGCGACAGAAUGCUCCUUGAUGUCAACACUUUCAUCUCCCUACAACCAGGCGAGCACCGUGAAGACUUGAAGGUCAAUGAUGAAACCGCCAACCCCAAAUACAACGGUCGUACCACCUUGGGCACCGUGGGCCUGGGGAGGGAUGAAGUGAUAUGUUUGGAGGAGCAAAAGUCUGGCAAGGAAGAAUGGCCAAGCGAAAACUCUAAGCUCAGCAUCAAAGGACUCAAAACAGCAGCUAAGAACCUUGCACCGAGUGGUCGGUCCAGCCCUGCUCCUAGCGGCAUGGUGACCCGUGGUAGAUCGAAACAGGCCGGCAGACCUAGAGGGAUCACCGGCCUUAGCAACCUGGGUAACACCUGCUACAUGAACUCCGCCUUACAGUGUAUCCGCAGCGUCAAGGAACUAACCGACUACUUCCUCUUCGACGCAUGGAAGACCGAUCUCAACCCUGGCAACCCUCUUGGCCAUAGAGGCGACGUGGCGAAGGCAUACGCUCAUCUGCUGCAUCAAAUUUACGAUGAAAGCGCCACUUCCACCAAUCCCAGUAGAUUCAAGGCAACCAUUGGCCGCUGUGGACCGAGCUUUGCUGGCUAUCAGCAGCAAGACUCGCAAGAGUUCUUACUCUUCCUGCUCGACGGCUUACAAGAGGAUCUCAACAGAGUUCUAGUCAAGCCUUAUAUGCCAAAUCCUGAUUCGACCGACGAGAUGGUCCACGACCAUGCCGCGUUGAAAGCCUUUGCCGAUAAAAAUUGGGAGAUAUUCAAAGCGCGAAAUGAUUCCGUCAUCACAGACCUUUUCGCAGGCAUGUAUAAAUCAACGUUAACGUGCCCUGUAUGCUCCAAGGUCAGCAUCAUUUUCGACCCGUUCAACAAUCUCACUCUACAGCUCCCAAUCGAGAAUACCUGGGCAAAGGAAGUGUUAUAUUUCCCUCUACACAAGAGACCCUAUCGAAUAGACGUCGACAUUGACAAGCAUUCAAGUAUCUCAGUAUUGAAAGACUACAUCUCCAAACGAACCAACGCCGAUCCUCAGCGUCUGUUGGUGGCAGAGUCCUACAAGAACAAGAUUUACAAAAUAUUCGACAAUAACACUGUCAUUUCAGAGGCCAACAUACAAACUGCCGACAUUAUUUGUGUCUAUGAAUUGAGUUCCAUACCGACCAAUUACAACCCCAACAAGGCGAAGAGAUUCUCUUUGUACACAAUCCGUGAGCCUGAAGACGACCUUGUCGAGGAAGAUUCGCCAGAAGCCGACCGUCUCUUGGUACCAAUGUACAAUCGUUUAGCUAAAAGCUCAACGUCGCGGGUUACCAGCAAACAUUUCUUCGGCCAGCCUACGUAUCUUGUUUUGGACCGAGAAGAUCGGGCAACGUAUCAAGGCGUCCUGAAAAAAAUACUUGGAAAUGUUGCCGGCAUGACAACGCGUGAUAUCUUGUCGGAAUCGGAUGGUGCAAAUGUUGGCGAAGGAGCUAGUACCUCGGAAGAUUCGGACACUGUGGUUAUGGCAGACGAUGAUUCCAAUUCCGAUUCCAAUCCCACGGUUGCCGCCUCUGUGCAAGGUGAGGACGGGCUUGUGGACGUCUCAAUGCGUGACGCCAGCCAAACUCCCGAGACGUCUUCCCAAGCCGAUGCUUCGCCUACAGACUCAAUACUCCAGACCGACACAAAUGUUCCGCGUAUUUUCAGAAACCUGUUUACGAUAAAUGUUGCGGCGACUGGCGAAGGAAUACCUACUGGAUGGAGUCAGAUCACUGAAAACCAAGACUAUGACAACAUUAUCAGUCGUGUUCCUAAACGUGUUGCACAUCGUCCGGCAAAAUCGAAUGGAUCACUCAACCUUACCAACGGUGAGACCGAGUCAACCAGCAGUGACGACGAACUUGCAGGGGAUAUCGAGCACGAAGAGAGUCUAGUCUCGAGUGAUGAAGAUUAUGGCGAUGCCAGCACUAUUCCGGUGGAAGAUCAGCCUGUCGAAGAUCACACACCUCUUCAUACCGCCAUGAAAAGCCGGAACCCCAAAUCCAAAAAGGGCAAACGACAACAAAAGCGAGUAGCGCAAAAUGACAAAAAGCGGUUACAACGUCGUACCCCACCGCCGCCGCCACAACCACAACCCAAAACCAAAGGCACAGCUUUAGUUCGUCCGGGCGAAUGCAUUGUUCUGGAUUGGAACCCUGAAGCUUAUGAUGCACUCUUCAGUGGUGCAGAAGGCGAUACAGAGCAGUUCCAUGGCGCCCCAACGUGGAAAAGUGUUUCACUCUACCAUGACGAGGAGUUGGUUGCCAGACGUGCGCUUAGGCAGAGUCGCAAGAAGAAUGGGGUCACCUUGGACGAUUGUUUGGCCGAGUUUGGCAAAGCAGAAGUCUUAUCUGAGCAAAAUUCAUGGUAUUGCCCGCGUUGCAAGGAGCACCGACGUGCUGAGAAGACAUAUGAGUUGUGGAAAGUCCCCGAUAUUUUGGUCAUGCAUUUGAAGAGAUUCAGCUCCAACAGAAACUUCCGCGACAAAUUGGAAGUUCGGGUGGAUUACCCAAUCGAAGGCUUGGAUCUUAGCAGCAUGGUUCGGGACCGUGAAGAAGGGAAAAGCCUGGUCUAUGAUCUGAUUGCUGUGGAUAAUCAUUAUGGUGGGCUCGGAGGUGGUCACUACACUGCCUAUGCCAAGAAUAUCGCGAAUGGAACGUGGUAUGACUACAAUGAUUCACAUGUGUCAUCUCGUCAAGACCCUAGACAGGUGGUGACGAAUGCGGCAUACCUAUUAUUUUACCGGCGACGUGAAACACCAAAGGGUCACCCUUUAGGCGGGCCAAGAUUGGAAACGAUAUACGCAAAUCACGACGCAGCAGCAGACUCUGAAACCCCACAAGAGUCUCGCGAGUCAUCCCCUGGGACGGGGGAAGGUCCGCGUCUCGGCGUCUCCUCCCACAAUGGUUCGCCGAGCGCUUUCAAAGCCGAUCAAGGUCACCGCGUGGGAGCGGAUGGCUUGUCACAAGAAAGUCAGGGUCACGGUCUACUAGCAGGAACCGGACAUCAGAAGAGGUUGAGCGACACGGCACUACUUGAUGACCUGCCUGGAUACAGCGAGAUGCAAGUUGAUGAUGCAGACGAAGCUAUCAAUAUGGACUACCAGCCUGCCUCCCAACCAGGGGCCUCUCUCCCUUGGGAAGAGCACGCAGGCUGGGGUUUUGACCAAAUCAGUAAUCAACAUAGAUUGCCACAGCCAUCGGAGGAUGGUAUUCUCGGCGACCACGACUCGAACGACAGUACGCGGGUGGAAGGAGAUGCAGCUAGCCCCACGGACAGCCUGUUGCUGGAAACAGACAGCGAACUUACCAACAUGAUCUACAGCGAACCCGACUAUGGUGUCAGGAGUUCGAGAGAAAGCGCACCGCCUCCAGAGAUCUCCAGUGGAUCUGUGGAUGGUGAAGACGACGACGAUCUGCCAGUGGUCGAGUUGAAGGCGAAUCCUUAGUGACCGGAAGAGGAGAUGCAUUUCAACGUAGAGAAAGUUGACGAAUUCUCUGACCACUCCCUGCCCCUCAAGGCAUUUACCGAAAUGCUGAAGUGCGAGGCUGUGCCGUCCCAUGACGGCAAAGUGGAUUAUUGUUUGGGCAUCCAGCUGCAGCAGCCAUUUAUGAGGGUAUCGAGUACAUGUUAAAUGGGCAGUAUCGAUCGCAAUGAUUCUUGAUGCCUAACCUGAUGGGAAGAUAAACAAACAGGAGGAGUCUCGAAGUAAGAGAUUGAGACACUGUCCUCAUCGAUACCGAGGGGAUACCCAACUGCAUUGCAAUCAAUCUCAAUGCAUGAUAGUAGAACGUGCAUUGCUGUACAUAGAUACGAAACCCUUCAAUGGCAUGCAACAAGAUAAAGCAGACAGCAUAUCCGAACACUGUUCAC